AUGUCAGCCGCUAAAGACUCGCCCAAGCUGCAAAAGGCAGUCGACCGCCAUCAGCUCCAUCGGGCGCUCGUGGAACUCAAGCAGGUGCAGAGCUACUGUCAGCAACAGCAGGGGCAGCAGCAGCAGCAGAAGGAGAAUGAGGUUUUCUAUGCUGUCGGUAUCCUCAGCCCCUCAGAUCCAAGUGACGAUGACUAUUCCCACAAGUCCAGCACCAGAACGUCAUUCGGGUCGAUUAUCCUUCAAGAAGGAAAGAGCAAUAUCCAUGGACCAGGCGAGCCAUCAAGUAGGCUGAUCGGUGACUUUUGGUUUAGCAAAGGCGUGAACGUAUCAGACAGAUUGAUGAGUGCACGCCGCGCAAACAUGUCCCAGCAGAACAUCAGGCAUGAGACCGACGACCUUUUACUUGUCCAGAUCUAUGUACCAGAAGCGCCACGUCAGGAAGUCAACCUCUUUGUCAAGUUCGCGCUCGCUGCAGCUUCGAAAGAAUACCUUGACUUCAAGGCGACGUUGGGAAGAACAAGCCUGGAGUUGAGUGACCUGGUGGGAGACAUCCUGGCCGCAUACACCGCUACCAAUGCUCCGUGGCAGGAUCGAACAGGACUGGCACGAAUUGAGGAUACUUACAUCAAGCAGUCGGUCAUGCCAAUAAUUGACGCCGUUUUCAGUUCUUUGGGCCUAAAAUCGUUGAAGCUCAAACCCUUUAAACUAGAGGUCAUAUUGACGAACGGCGAACAUUGGUUUGUAGAGGGAUGGAUGUCUCGCACUGAACAGCAUUGGCAACGCGGCCAACUGCCAGUCCCAAACGGCUACGAGAAAGUGCUACAAUCUGACUUCUUUGCCAAGGCCGGCCAGCUGUGCUUUGCCAUCAUGGAGGUUAAGAAGCCAAAGACGACCAAGGAAGAUGCCGAGGAUGAUACCCGACGUGACAGUAGUCGGGUUUCUCGUGAACAGUAUGCUUCAGAACAAGUGCAAGGCAGUGUGAAGCGUAUUAUACAACGUUUGCGAGGUCUUCAUCAUGAACCUGGAGCACGAGGCCAUCUACGUCCCAAAGAGCCUUGGACGGUUCAAGUUACCACACGACCGACUCGACGUUACCGUGCUGCUGCCGGCCCUGGGCCCCUUGACCGUAGCCAAAAACACCGCAUCAAGCACGGUCAGACCGAUUAA